CACAAAGCUGCAUUAUGUAAUCGGACUCAUCGGACUCCGUGUCUGCUCCAGUCCGCCGCCUCUCUAGUGCUUCCAUUUACACAGGCCCGCCACCAGCUGAUAUAUAUAUAUACAAAAACCCCUUCUCACCAUGGAAACACAAUUACCACCAUUCAUUUAUCUAAACAAAACUGCUUCUACGCAUAAUGGCGUCAGAGACACCGGUUGAACAAGCCCGCAGCGGUGACUACACCGAAACAUCGCCCUUGCUGCCACCCAGCAAUGUACCAGAUGGCCGGGUACCGCCUAGAAUUGCCCGUCGACUUUACUUAUCGCAUUUCAUGUCAACAUGGAACUCACGAGUUUUCGAGUUUGGUGCCGUCUUAUAUCUGGCAACCAUCUUCCCUGGCACCUUGCUGCCAAUGUCUCUCUAUGCACUCACCCGCGGCCUCUCUGCGAUCUUCUUUGCAUCGGCUGUCGGACACUAUAUUGACGUUGGGAAUCGCUUAAAUGUGGUCCGUGUGUCUAUAGUCUUCCAGCGGCUUGCUGUUGCGGCAUCUUGCGGUGUCUUUUAUGCACUCUCUCUUGGACUUUCUAUUCCCGGCGGCAAGAUUGGGAUGCUAAUCCUAAUUACCAUUUUGGCCUGCGUGGAAAAGUUGUGCUCCAUCAUGAACUUGGUGUCUGUGGAAAAGGACUGGGUCGUGGUCGUAGCCGCAGGUAAUUCCGACGCUCUGCGAACCCUCAACGCCCAAAUGCGUCGUAUCGAUUUGAUUUGCAAGCUUAUUGGUCCGCUGUUUAUUGCCCUCGUUGACGGCAUCUCGACGCAGCAUGCCAUUCUUCUCAACUUUGGCAUGAAUGCCGUUUCUAUUGCCAUCGAAUACUUUGCUAUUGCUCGCGUGUACUAUGAAGUUCCGGAGCUUCAAGAGGUCAAGCAACUGGCGCUCCCCCAACAUGAACCGGUACAGUCCAACGACAAUGAGCUAGGUCCAAAGCGCAGCCAAGUUUGGGGCCAUGUACCUGUUGUAGUCUCCAAAACGAUUACCGACUUUGGUACUUUUUUCCGCCACCGUGCAUUUCUGCCCUCUUUUGCUGGCUCUUUACUCUACCUUACGGUUCUCAGCUUUGCUGGCCAAAUGGUUACAUAUUUGCUGUCGGCGGGCUAUUCCUCCACGCAGAUUGGCGCAGCGAGAACCGCCAGCGUAAUGUUUGAGGUUCUCGCCACAUGGGUAGGGCCGUGGUUAAUUGGUGUUAUUGGACCUGUUAGGGCGGGUCUCUGGUUGAGCAGUUGGCAGCUUACGAUGCUGGUCGCUGGUACAGCUGUAUUUUUGGUUUACGAAAAGAAUCCUGUGCUGUCUGCCACUGGACUAGUCGGUGGAACUAUCCUGAGUCGCCUAGGACUGCGUGGAUUUGACCUAUGUGUACAGCUUAUUAUUCAAGAGGAAGUCGAGGCCGAUAGCCGAGGCGCGUUCUCGUCGAUCGAGGCCGCUUGGCAAAGCCUCUUUGACAUGCUUUCAUAUGCAUCAACCAUUGUGUUUUUCCGGCCCGAGCAGUUCAAAUGGCCAUCGCUCAUCUCUGUAGGCGCUGUAGCCUCGGCAAGCGCAGCAUAUGCACUCUAUGUACACCAGCGCCGUGGCCAUUUGCUGCACUUGCAAGCCUUCAAAGAAAUGUUGAGCAGCAAGAAGAACUAGCGGGACUGUGUAAGGUCGGUCCUCCAGAGGACAAAAAUGUGGAUGCAGCCGCACAACCACCCAGCCAAACGAAUAAUAGUACACAUCAUAGUCUCAAGUAAUGUUGCAACAACCUGCUCCCCAAAUUAUGUCGUUAUAUAUCGAAUUGGCUCACUCUAUGCUACAUACGACCAUAGAUACAGGAAAAUUCGGGAUCCCGUCCGCUCUCCCAUAGACAAGCCUGUAAUCGGCAGAUUAGUAGUUGGGUCGGUGACGACCAGCGAACACCGGCUGUUGUAUGUUUUUGAUCUAUUUGUUUUUUUUUGGCGGUGUGAGAGGCCGUUGAUGGAGAUAUAUAACUCAGCGCCAACAGGAUUAGCUCUCCGCAUUGUAUAAAUACGGAACAGCAAGUUGGAAAACAUCAAUCUACCCCAGUGAAUAAUUAAAAACCAGACGAAAGGUUUCCGUAAGCUUACUGAAGUGGGCUAAGCGUCGUCCAGCAAUAGAGGACUAGGCCGGCCUUCCUAUUUAGGCAAGACAACAGUC